AUGUCAGGCUUCCAGAUUCCUGGGCUAGGGCAGGCGAAACUCAACGAGGUUCUGCCUCCUCUGCCGACCGAUCUUCCAACAGUGGCUUCAGGCGCCGCGGAGGAAGACAAAGAAAUGCAAGACGCAAAUCCACCUUUAGAAGAAGCAGCACCAGCGGCAACAGAAACCCACAACGAAGAAGCCACAACGACAGGCUCCGAACACCCUACCGUUCAUGAUACGUCAGAUGAUAUGCCAAUUGAUAAACCUGGGAGCCCGCCAUCUUUAACGUACGCUCUCGAAGCAGCCCUUGGUGGCCUAGACAAUGCCGGCACACAUCAACAGCCGCCAGCUAACGAGCAAAACCCGGCGCCUCUACAGCCCGACCAGAGCGAGCACCCAGAAUGGGAAAUAGAUUCUUCGCCAUAUGAAUCAUCCGACUCAAGCAGUUCCGAUUCAUCAUCCGACGACGACGACUCUGAUAAUGAAGGCUAUGAGCCUCUGGGUAUCGAAGAGACAGCUAGGAUACUGAUGGAGACAGAAGGGGGCUCAGAUGAUGACGGUGAUAGAGGGAAGUCAUCUGGAUCUGGGUACGUGCGCACAAAGAAUGAGAUUCCUGAGGAAAUCAUUCCCAAACCAGACGUAACGAUCACUCCCGAAAUGGCUAUUCAAGAGCUCGGAGUUAUAGAGCACAUUGUGGAAAACAUCAUGCUUGUCAAGGCAUUCACUCCAGGAGAAUACCAAGUUCUGGACAGCGGGUCUGUCUUGUGCAAUUCAGAGAGAGUAGUCAUUGGUGUUAUUGCAGAGACGAUUGGAAAAGUACUGCAACCGAUGUACACGGUCAUGUUCAACUCAGCAGAGGAAGUAAAGGAGCUUGGACUAGAGGUUGGCGCAACAGUCUUCUAUCCCAUCGACCACGCAUCAUAUGUUUUCACAGAGCCUCUGAAAAACCUCAAGGGCUCAGACGCCAGCAAUCUCCACGAUGAAGAGAUUGCCGAUGAAGAAAUCGAAUUCUCGGACGACGAGAAAGAAGCGGAAUACAAGCGCUCACUGAAGCAGAAGAAGAAGGACAAGUGGAAGAGCAGUGGCGGAAAGGAGGGGAAGCAGUCUCAUCCUCUGCGCCAGGAAAUGUCUGCCGAUGGCGGCUUGAACUAUGAUGAAGAGGACGACGGGCUAUAUACGCCGCUUGCUCGACCUGCAGGCUACGGUACUGGCGGUCCACAGGCUGAAAAUUAUGAGCCUGCUCCUAGAUCAAGCUUCCAGCGAGGUGGUCGGAGGGGAGACUCCCGAGGAAGAGGGAAUCGAGGGAGAGGCUCAGGUCGCGGAGGCAGGGGAGGCUAUAACCAACCCAGAGAGGGAUACUCUCUUCCUCCCCAGAACAGCCAGAACCCUCAAGCAUCUGGCUCGACAGGUAGUUCAUGGAACUUCAAUCCAGUUCUUCCCACCGGCCAGGUACCCUCUCUUCCUCAGUUUGGAUUUCCUGUUCCUGGAUGGCCGCAGCCAACGCCUGGCCAACAAACUGGUCCUCCUGCGGUACCGCCACCGCCUCCAGGAUGGCCUGGAUCUGUCCAAGGUCAGGCUCAAGCAUCUGAUCCUGGAGCAUUUGUCAAUCCGGCUUUCUUUGCCGCUUUGAUGAGCCAGAUUCAGGCGCAAACUGGACAGACGGGGUGGAAUGGCCAGGCUCCGCCACCACCUCCGCCACCUCACCAAUGA